AUGAACUUAACUGAUAAAAAUGUCAUCUAUUUCGGUGGUUUUGGUGGCAUAGGUCAGAAAUGUAUUUCAGAGCUACUAGAAAAGCAAUUAAAGUCUCUUGCUAUAUUUGAUUUGGCAGAGAAUGAUGAAAUAUUAGCAGAAUGGCAAAAAUCAUUUCCUAGCACUGAAAUUUUUCAUCAAAAAGUGAAUAUAAUAGAAAAAAGUGAUAUAGAAGCUGCCUAUAAGAUGGCAAGUCAACGUUUAGAAUACUUUGAUCUUAUUAUCAAUGGAAGUGGCUGUUUGAAUGAUCAACUUAUUAAUCCGACCAUUGAAAUUAAUUUGUUGGGUGUUAUUCAUAGCACCUUAAUUGCUCUGGAUUAUAUGAGCAUAUCUAAAGGUGGUCGGGGUGGAAUGAUUGUCAACAUUUCAUCAGUUGUGGGUCUACAACCGGAGCCUCUCUAUCCGAUUUGUGCGGCAAGUAAAGCUGCUGUCACCUGUUUUACACGAUCAUUAGCUGCCCCUUUCUACUUGGAGCAUUUUGGCGUAUCCUUUGUUACUAUUUGUCCAGGAUUGACUGAAACUUCGCUUCUUGAUGACAUGACAAGCAAAACAAUUUUUGAUUUCGAGACCCCAAUACAUUUCAUAGUCUCAAAAAUAAGACGUCAAACAGCUGAGGAUUGUGCCAGAAAUCUGGUAAAAGCCAUUGAAAACAGCAAAAAUGGAGAUGUCUUUAUGUUAGAUCUGGGAGAGAUUUCUGAAGUGAAAAUUCCAGAUCAUUGGGCAAAGCAAUUGGCCGACUAAGAAAUAAAGC